UGCCUUGUUAUCAGAACUCGUCUUCGCUUUUGCACGGAUUCCAGCAACGGGUUUGUUGCAGGUGCGUUGAAAUAAGAACAAUGGAAUUCCGGUGGGUGUGAUGACGCUUGCUCAUUGAUAAAAUGUAUGCCUUGGAGGAGGAGUUAUUAUACGUGUACUGCGGUAAUAUGACUCGUUGACUGGGACGCGUGUAUUUCGGGAAAAUGAUUCAACCGCCUUUGAACUAGUUCUGAGCUAUAAGCUACAUCUCUAUUGGACAGUUGUUGUAGUUUGUGUUCUUUAUAGAGGCUUUGGCUACAAUGAAGUUCUUUCGCAAUGAAGGUUAAUUGCGUUUGAAAAACAAAAACGAAACAUUACUCCUGAAAACUGAAGGUCAUCGGCGGCGCACCAACCCGGAAGAUGCACGUGAUGCGUAAAGUCGCAUCACUUGGCUAGGCCGAGUAAUUCCUGAUUGCAUCCGUUAUGGCGUUGCGAACGGGGCGGCCGUUAAGCUGUAAAGGCACGCCACACCACUUGAUGGUGCAAACCCUAGAAACUUGAAGGGCGGAAGAGAAAUGGAUACCCUCGCUCACACACACAAACACAUACACUCACACACAAACACAAACGCACACCGACCAGGCUGAGACUGCGGCGAAAAAUGUUGGAUUGUUUCCUUUUUACAUUUGUUUUAUUUUUUCGUUUGUUGUCCCAAAGUACUGACAGGAAAAUGGUACUUAAAUCUUUAGAUAUUCCCCAGGCUAGUGCGAGUGGAAACGAGCGGGUGGGGGAAAAGGGAGUUCUGGACUGUAAGGAAUUCGAACACCGCAUGCAUGGGUUUCUGGACGCUACAACAUUCCUUCAAAAGCCCUGAACCUGAGGAGCCUCAAUAUGGUAGAGCGAAAUAGAAGCUGUAGAAUGGUGCGCGUUGUCAACCCCCCGACCAACCAGUAAGCCACCAGGCGGGGAGGAGGGCCGGGACAUAAUCGCAACAAGGUAUUGGAUGAAUGGGGGGUGAAGGCUCUACCUCGAACUGGAGGGACGGGGUGGGUCCUGCAAUCGGUACCGGUGCAAUCGAAGGGCGAUUUGCGCUCCCCGUCCGGUCGGCUUACUGCGGCAACUGGAACUGGAGCAGCCACUCGACACUCUGCAGGCGCUUAUGUCUCGCGACCCACGACGCCCGGGAAGGCUGGCUGGACGGGACGCGGGCAGAGACAAAGAAUGCACACACAUACACACGCGAACUCCAGGCAGGUCCAGCACUUCACCGAGGCAAUGGAAGCCGUAGCAAUGUCCCGUCCACCAUUCUGCCCUGACAGGUACAGGCACAGUGUAGAGCGUGUCGCGUCCAAAACGCACGCUGAUCGGAUCGAUCGAUUCCUGCGGAAGGUGAUGGCAGUGCACACCACCAGCGCCACCACCAUCACCACCGAUAAGGCAAAGUUGAGAAUCGAAGAAGCGGUGCACGGCUGCGAGCGACACAGUUCGAUCCGAUGCGACCGACCGGACGGGCCAGAAACGGUCACUAGACAUCGCACCAGCUGGACGCAGGGCCGUCUGAAUCCCGUACUAUACGCCUCAGGGAUUCUUCUGGUUCGCCGUGAUGAAGCGAAAGCAGCGCCGCUACAGAACGACGUUCAACUCGCUCCAGCUGCAGGAGCUCGAGCGUGCCUUCCAGCGGACGCACUACCCGGACGUGUUCUUUCGCGAGGAGCUGGCGGUGCGCAUCGAUCUUACCGAGGCGCGCGUCCAGGUCUGGUUCCAGAACCGGCGGGCCAAGUGGCGCAAAAGCGAAAAGACUACCGGUGGCGGACCAGGCGGCGGCGACCCCGACCAGGACGGGCAGGACGUGCUCUCCACCAGUACAGGGGCAGCGACGACCUGUCCGCGCGCAGACGGCACGGGCGAUACUGGGCUGCUGGGUGCUGAGGUGGGCCUGCUGGUGGACGCGGCCGAUGCGACCGGCAGCAGCCGAAUGCUGAACGACGACGAGGACGACGAUGGGCUGGGACUUUCGGACGAGGUCCUGCACGGGAUGGGCGGGGGACUGAAGUCCCAGCACCAUUCCCAAGCGGUGGCCUCACUGGGCGGGUUGGGUAAAAGCCUAAACGAUGCGAUGUCGGGCGAACAGGCUGGACAUCACCUGCAUCAUCAUCUACAGCAGCAGCAGCAGCAGCAACACCAGCACCAUGUAGGACCUGGCGCGAGAACAUCACUGCUGGAUACGGUGGAUGUGGUGCUGCCGGGAAGUUCGAGCAGCUCGGGGCUUACCUUCGACGGGGGCUCCCUGCACGGUAUGACGCUUGGGUUAGCAGACGAUCCGACCGGCCCGGGUGUCGUCAGCUCGUCCGGCUACAGUGUAGUGGAUGCGGAGCUGCCCCGCCUCACGAUUGGCUCGCUGUCGUCGCCGGGCCGACUGUCGCCCAACCUGUUCCUGAACCUCAACUUUGACCAUCUGAACUCGCUCGAUGGCAGCCGGUCGAGCAGUUUGACGUUCGAGUGGAACAGCUUUACCGGCGCCAGUACGACCACCUCGUCCGCGACGAAGCUAACACCCACCGGCACACCGUACACCACGACCUCCACCUCCGUCAGCAGCUCUGCCGACGGCUGCCUUGGGACGGUCAGUGCGGCCAGCCAGGAUAGUGGCGGCUGCUGCACGCUACACUCAAACGAUGGGCCCGCGCAGUCGCUACAUCACCAUGCACAGCAGCAGCAGCUUCAACAGCAUCAGCACCACCACCAUCAUCAUCAUCAGCAGCAGCAGCAUCCGAGCUCGGUGUAUGAGGACGAGAUGAAGUUCCUGCACGUGGACCACUUCGGUGCGAUGGAGAGCUUCAAGCACGAGUCCCUCUUCAACCUCGAUCAAACGUUGCUGAGCGCGUCCGGACCACCGGGCGCCAACGAUCAACCGAUCACGCUGCUUCAGCAACCGUCCACACACCAUCAGCAGCUGGCAACGGCACACCAGCAGCACCAUCACCAUCAACAGCAGCAGCAGGUACUGUGCGGCACACAUUCGGCGCAAAAGAGUUCGCUCCAACAGCAGCAGCAGCAGCAGCAUCAUCAUCAUCAUCACCAUCACCAUCAUCAUCAUCAGGCUGGGUCGGUGCAGCAUCAUCACCACGGGCACCACAGCCUUGGUGUGCUGGUGGACGAGCUGUCCGGCUUUCCGUCGCUCGCGGACCACCAUCAUGGUGGUGGGUCGGGGGAGGACGAACCGACCAGCGGGCAACCACCUGGAGCUGCUGCUACCUGCGGGGACGAUCCGCAGCGGAGCUCUCCGUCCGAGCUGCUCGACCUCGAGCGCCCGAUUAACAUCCACAUUAACGUGGAGGACGGACUCGACACGCUACACUCGGAUGACGGCAAGUUUUGACGGCAGGCCCCAUCCCCGCCAAUCCGUAUGUCGAUGAUUGAAACGCCAUUUUACAGCUAGAUGCCAGUAGGAAGGGAACUACACCUCCCGAAACCAAAAAAUAACAGUGCCAGAACAGUGGUUGAGUGUGUGAGUGUGAAGGCUCAUUUCAGUGAAUCUCCAUCGGUCGGACUUCAGCAAGUUACCAAGCAACGACAGCGCACGCCACCGAUUCACAAACCCUUGUAGCGUGUAUGGGUUACGGUUUUUUCUGUUUUGUUUCUUUGUUAUCUAUUUAUUCUCCCGACGACACCCAUCAAGCGUUCUUCACCAAGUGCUCAAGCGUUACCUUUUUUUUGUUUUGCGUGUACGUUACGUAGGGAAAUUUUUGACCAUACUGUGCCAUGCUCGCUACACGUCAUCUAUUUGUGUGUAGUUGGAGUUGAAGGUUUGAGAUAAAAUAAAAAGAUUUAGACCGUGUUAGACGAA